UCUCACCAAUUGUCAAACGAACAGCGACCAAGGAAUUCGCGCAGAGUUCCGACCGCUACAACAACAACGACAGCGAUAAGAACGAGAACAGCGACAAAUUAGCGGAGAACAAGAACAGGAGCAUGAGCAUGGCCACCAGCGGUAUUGUCGAGUCAUUCCCCACGGGCGCCCUGGUUCCCAAGGCGGAAACGGGAGUGCUAAACUUCCUCCAGAAGUACCCGGAGUACGAUGGACGCGACGUCACCAUAGCCAUCUUCGAUUCCGGCGUUGAUCCCCGGGCAACGGGACUGGAGACCUUGUGCGAUGGAAAGACAGUUAAAGUAAUCGAGCGGUAUGAUUGCUCCGGAUGCGGCGACGUGGACAUGAAGAAGAAGCUCACGCCCGAUGCGAAUGGGAGCCUGAAGGGUCUGUCCGGCAACACGCUGAAACUGAGCCCGGAACUACUGGCCCUCAACACGGAUCCAGACAAGGCGGUGCGAGUUGGCCUCAAAAGCUUCAGUGAUUUGGUUCCGUCCAAGGUGAGAAACAAUAUAGUGGCCCAGGCCAAGCUGAAGCACUGGGACCAGCCGCACAAAACGGCCACGGCCAAUGCUAGUCGCAAGAUUGUCGAAUUUGAGUCACAAAACCCAGGCGAAGCCUCCAAGCUGCCCUGGGACAAGAAGAUAGUAAAGGAGAACCUGGACUUCGAGCUGGAGAUGCUCAACAGCUACGAAAAGGUGUACGGCGACAUUAAGACCUCGUACGAUUGCAUUCUUUUCCCCACGGCCGACGGCUGGCUUACAAUCAUCGACACCACGGAGAAGGGCGACUUAGAGCAGGCUCUGCGCAUUGGCGAGUACUCGCGAACACACGAGACCCGAAACGUCGACGACUUCCUCUCGAUCUCUGUAAACGUCCACGACGAUGGCAACGUGCUGGAGGUGGUGGGCAUGUGCUCGCCCCACGGCACUCAUGUCUCGUCCAUUGCUAGCGGGAACCACAGCUCCCGGGACGUGGAUGGCGUGGCGCCGAACGCCAAGAUCGUGUCAAUGACCAUCGGCGACGGACGACUGGGGUCCAUGGAGACCGGAACAGCAUUGGUGCGGGCCAUGACCAAGGUGAUGGAGCUGUGCCGCGACGGCAAGCGCAUUGACGUGAUCAACAUGAGCUACGGCGAGCACGCCAACUGGUCGAACUCCGGCCGCAUUGGGGAGCUGAUGAACGAGGUGGUCAACAGGUACGGCGUUGUGUGGGUAGCCUCGGCUGGCAACCACGGCCCGGCUCUUUGUACCGUGGGCACUCCGCCGGACAUCAGUCAGCCCAGCUUGAUUGGCGUGGGUGCCUAUGUGUCGCCCCAGAUGAUGGAGGCUGAGUACGCGAUGAGGGAGAAGCUGCCUGGCAACGUGUAUACCUGGACAUCGCGCGAUCCUUGCAUCGACGGCGGCCAGGGCGUUACCGUGUGCGCUCCGGGGGGAGCCAUUGCGUCCGUGCCGCAGUUUACCAUGAGUAAGUCGCAGCUGAUGAACGGCACAAGCAUGGCGGCGCCACAUGUCGCCGGCGCCGUCGCGCUGCUCAUCUCCGGACUAAAGCAACAGAACAUCGAGUAUUCGCCGUACAGUAUUAAGCGGGCGAUCAGCGUCACUGCCACCAAGCUGGGCUACGUGGAUCCCUUUGCCCAGGGAAAUGGUUUGCUCAACGUGGAGAAGGCCUUUGAGCACUUGACAGAGCACCGGCAGUCCAAGGAUAAUAUGCUAAGGUUCUCCGUGCGCGUAGGCAACAACCAAGCAAAGGGUAUUCAUUUGCGCCAGGGCGUCCAACGUAACUACAUUGAUUACAAUGUAAACAUUGAGCCGAUCUUUUUCAACGACAAGGAGGCUGAUCCCAAGGACAAGUUCAACUUCAAUGUGAGGCUGAAUCUCAUUUCCUCGCAGCCGUGGGUGCAGUGCGGAGCUUUCCUGGAUCUGAGCUACGGCACCCGUACAAUUGCGGUGCGCGUCGAUCCAACUGGACUUCAACCGGGAGUUCAUAGUGCAGUGAUUCAAGCUUACGACACAGAUUGUGUGCAGAAGGGCUCUCUUUUUGAGAUCCCCGUCACGGUGGUGCAGCCUCAUGUGCUGGAUUCUGAACAUAACAAGCCAGUCUUUGAACCCGCCUCUUCCAAGGGAGACAAUAGCGUCGAGUUCCAGCCUAACACCAUUCAGAGAGACUUUAUCUUGGUGCCAGAAAACGCGACUUGGGCGGAGCUGCGCAUGCGCAUCACCGAUCCAAAUCGUGGCAAGGACAUUGGCAAGUUCUUUGUACACACGAAUCAGCUGCUUCCCAAGCAAUCUUGCCGCAAGUUGGAGACCAUGAAGAUCGUGGCAGUCGGAUCAGAGAACGAAUCCACUAUGGCUUUCAAAGUUAAGUCUGGCAAGAUUCUGGAGUUGUGCAUUGCCAAGUAUUGGUCCAACUAUGGCCAGAGCCACCUGAAGUACAGCCUGCUGUUCCGCGGCGUUGAGGCCCACAAUCCAAAUGCCUAUACAAUGCAUGCCGGAAGGGGCAUUCACAAGCUAGAGAUCGAAGCCCUGGUUUCGGAGGAACUGCAACCGUUGCUGCAGCUAAAGAACGCCGCAGUGGUGCUAAAGCCAACCGAGGCCAAGAUCUCGCCACUUAGCGCCACGCGAGACGUUAUUCCAGACGGACGUCAGGUGUACCAGAACCUGCUGGUCUUCAACUUGAACGUGGCCAAGCCCGCGGAGGUGGCACUGUACGCGCCCAUUUUCAACGAUAUGUUGUACGAGUCGGAGUUCGAGUCCCAAAUGUGGAUGCUAUACGAUGCGAAUAAGGCGCUGGUGGCUACCGGCGACGCUCACUCCCACACCUUUUUCACGAAACUGGAGAAGGGCGAUUACACGAUUCGACUGCAGGUACGCCACGAGAAGCGUGAGCUACUGGAGAAGAUCUCGGAGGCCACCCUGGUAGCUUCCUUUAAGCUGACAAAUAUGCUCACCCUCGACUUCUUCGAGAACUACAACCAGUGUAUUGUGGGCGGCCGCAAAUUCGUAUCAUCCGUAUUGAGGAACUCCUCGCGUGUGUUGUAUAUCGCUCCGAUUCCCCAGGAGCGUCUUACAAAGGCCAAUCUGCCUGCUCAAUGCGCCUGGCUGAGCGGUAAACUAGUGUUUCCGCAGGACGAAGCUGGCCGUCGCGUAGCCCUGCACCCCUUCAACUACAUCCUCAAUCCCGCUGAGAAGAAGGCGCACACAAAUGGCUCCGGCAAUGGAACCAGCGCUGCAGGAACCACAGCUGCAGCAGCCGCCGCAGCCACUGCCAGUGCGACCAAGCCCAAGGCUCCGGCUACUCCACCGGCGGCCACAGCCGUAAACAAUCCCGCUGCCGGCGAUGGAGUCACCGUCCAAAGCGAUACCCCGGUGGAGAGCAAUGCCAGCCCCGCCUCGCCCAAAAAGGGAAAGACUAAUGCCGACGAUUAUGCCGAGAGUUUGCGCGACUUCCAGUGCUCUCACAUCACCAAGUGUGAUUUGGAGAUGGCAGAGAAAAUCUACAACGAAGUGGUGGCUGCCCAUCCCAAGCAUCUGCAGGCAAACCUGCUGCUUAUCCAGAACAUCGAGUCCAACCAAUUGAAGUCACAACUGCCGCUAUCCUUCGUUAAUGCCCAAAAGACAUCUCCGCCAGAAGCAGGCGAAGGUACCGACAAGCAGAAGGAGGAUCAGAAGAAGCUGCGCAACGCCCUGGAACGUAUUGUUAAGCUGGCCGAUAAGGUGGUCCAAGAUACCGAUGUCGAGGCCUUACUCUCGUAUUAUGGUCUGAAGAACGAUACCCGUGCCGAUGCAGCCAAGAUUAAGACCAACAUGGACAAGCAAAAGAACAAUCUCAUUGAGGCCCUGAGCAAGAAGGGCAUCGCCAUCGCCAAACUGGCUGUUUUGGACGAUAGCAUUAACGAUCGCCUGGCCGAGAUAAACGAUCUGUACACGGACAUCAUUAAGUUCGUGGACGCCAACGACUCUAAAGCCAUUCAGUUUGCCCUGUGGCACGCCUAUGCCCACGGUCACUACGGCCGCAUGUACAAGUACGUGGUAAAGCUGAUCGAGGAGAAACGCAGCCGCGAUUACUUCGAGGAGCUGGCUGCCAUCAAUGGCGCCCUGGGUCACGAGCACAUCCGGACUGCCAUUAACCGUAUGAUGGCCACAGCCUUCCCCAGUGGCUUCCGUUUGUUCUAAACGCUGAUCAGUAGUAGCCUCAAAUUAUUUACGCUCCGAUGCGAUUAUUGUUUUUUACAUAACUAAAGUAAUCAAUAUGUAUAUGAAUAAAUGCUAUUAUUUGAAA